CACACAACAGUUUUGGAUUGCUUCCCCAGGCCUGCCCUCGCAGCCGGCCGCGGGCAUAUGGCUUGGGUGCGAGAUUAACUUUUUUCCAAGUUCCCACUUACAAAAUCUUUUUGAUAUGUUACUCAAUUUAGUUUGGCAGUGUCCUUGGUGCCUGGGUCCCCUUAUAAGCGAAGGGACUCACCAGAUGUCACAGUCAGAUGUCUAUCAUGUCAAGCAAUACAACCACGACUUCCCCAGCUGUCAUAGUGCCUCCGUCGCCUCCGCCUGGGACCAAUUAUAUUGCAAUAAUACAGCCAUCUCUGAACUCGAUCAUGAUUGGACACACCUUCACUGUCAUUCUGAUUCCCCUGAUUUUUGCGCUCUUUUAUUUCUCCACUCCACUUUCUCGAAGAAGACCCAUAUUCAUUCUCAAUGUCAUAGCCAUCAUUCUGGCAUUCACUGCUGGGAUCAUGAUCGACAGCCUUGCGAUUCAUUCAAUGCUGUCCCCAUUGGAUGCAUGGCCGCCAUCAGUGCGACUUUCUCUCUCUUUCUCUGCCGCUUCUUACAUUCUCAUCCAGGUUAACAUCGCUAUUGGAAUUAUAGGCGCAUUUCAAUCGAUCCUUGUUGACCUUAUCCUUCUGCUACGUCUUGCACUGAUAUACCCUUACACCAUUGUGGGUCCGAAACGUUUCGCCCUUAUCACCACACUUCCUGUACUCUUGAAACUUGCGCGCCUCGUCAACAUGUUCGUGUUCAUUAAAGUUCUUGCGGAUGCUGCGCGUGGCCCAAUGGGAAGCGAAAACAUCGCAGUGGUGUGGGCCACUACACCCUACCUCAAGAUUGAGUGGUCAGCGCAGCUCGUCGAUAAUGCCUAUGCCUCCAUAGCCUUCCUCUGGGCAAUCCGUCUUCGAAGAAAAUAUAGAUCAAGUGUUGAGAGUGAAAUUAGCCCACGGAGAACGACGUUUGGGCAACGCAUGCGCACUCUUUUCUACAUAUCGGUCUCUAACUUCGUCUUUCCUUCUCUCUUGUCCCUCGCACAGCUGGUUGUCGUAUACAAAAACGUAUAUGUCCUCACAGUCAACGAGAUCGUGCUCGUCAACACCAUGGUUGCUGUCAUUGGGGUCGUGUUCGCGACCGUAUGGGCCGGCUCUGUAAAUUACCAAGACGAGAAAACGGAGCCUGACGGCGUGUUUGAAAAAGCGCAAGCUGCGUCGUUUGAUGGACCAGGAACGUGGAAAGUCGCCACAGUCCAGCCUAGUUUGACAAUGGGAUCGACUGCUAUUACUGAACGGAUGCGCACCACAGGUGGGGAGGCGAUCAGGCUCGUUGACACGAAUCACACUUCAGAUAUCUUUUCGAAAUCCUCUGCAGGAGAUUUACGAGGACAAGGCGCUUUCUAAUUAGCUUUAGUCCACAGGCGUCUACAUACAUUGUAUGCGAUCGUGGCAAGCGAAGUGGGUGUUAUGCUAUACAGAUAAUUUAUUGGUCAAAGCGUCAACGCCUUUUAUGGUGCGCGAACACGCGAAACGAUACAAGAAACAAUAAAAA